CGUGUUUAAGCGACUGGUUCUCCCCAACACCACCGCGUCCGUCCGUAUCGGCCUCGUACUGGCCAGCAGAGGACGCUUGACAAGUCACCACUGCCAGACCCCUUCGACCUUGUUGGCGUCGUCACUUCUGCAUCUGCUCCCAGGGCCUGCCUUCGAACCCUGGAUUGGCGCAUCAACUGUUCCGUCCACAUCCACCUGUCCCUUCUACCUUCCUUUUGCCCUCAAUCCCGCUCUCUCUCACUAGUCUCGAACACUUGGGCAGAGUCCGAACCUGUUGCUUGACACCGGUGCCAGAAUGUCUCUCCAGGCCACAGCCGACGUGCCCCUUCUCAUCAGCUCACACAACUCGUCCUCGGAGCGCCGGAUUACUCCUUCGUGGAGCAUAGCGCACCUCAAGUCGCGCCUUGAACCUAUUACGGGCAUCCCCGCCUCGUGCCAACAGCUAACGCUGCGAGUCGGCUCCCAAGAUGGCAUUGCGGUCACAGCCGCCGACGAGGAGCAGACACAGCUGUCCUCAUUCCCGUUGCAGCCCUAUGCGGAAAUCACUGUCGUAGACACCCGCCCGCCUUCCGCUCGCACAGACUUCACCGAUCUGUCAUCUGUGCCCAAGUAUACCAUGCCAAGCACAGAGUAUGAGACGCGGACAGACAGCGUGCUCGCAUGGAAGAAAGCGCAAAAACUUGGUCGUUUCGAUCCAAACGCACCGAGCAUCGAAGAGCAGAAGAUACGGGCGAUAGAACGCGAGAUUGAAGAGAGGGGUCUAACUUUAUCGUCCCGCGUUCGCCUCCUUCCUGAGUCUGAUGCGCGCCGAGGUACGAUCUCCUAUAUCGGUCCCGUUCCUGAGAUCCCCGGUCUGGGUUCGUGGAUCGGUAUCACUCUCGACGAGCCCACGGGUAAAAAUGACGGGUCGGUGAAGGGUAAGAAAUACUUCACAUGUGGGAACAACUACGGCACCUUUGUUCGCCCUGAGCGAUGUGAGGUAGGCGACUUUCCGCCGUUGGACUUAACAGACGAAAACAUGGAGGAGUUGUAGCCAGAUGGACGGACUAAGAUAUUCUAACGACAGCAACAACGACAUAUUCUGUGGAGAGAUCGUUUCCGGAGAGAUGUGAAAGCUGCGUCAGGAACUGAUGGGUGGGUUCAGGCAUGCCGAUGCCUUGGAACAGGGGUUUCUGAGAACAGCCCAUACCUAGACAUGGAAAACUAUAGCUAGCGGUGGGUGCAGAAUCUCUAUAACGAUAGAGAAGCACAAAGCUGAAAUGUGAA